UCAUCUCAACCUCUCAAAAAGCAGGGAAAUAAAUUUAAAAAAUAGCAUUUUGCUGUAGAAAGCUUCGAGUUGCAUCGCUAUUAUACCUCGAUUAAACUUGUCUUUUUUCGCCUCUCUUAGCUUGUUUUAUUUUGUAAUAUCAUCUUUUGAUUUGUGACUUUGCAUAAACAGACACGAUGGUGAGACCUCCUUGCUGUGACAAAUUGAAUGUGAAAAGGGGUCUCUGGACUGCAGAGGAAGAUGCGAAAAUGCUUGCUCAUGUGGCCAAGCAUGGUACAGGAAAUUGGACUGCUGUUCCAAAGAAAGCAGCUUUCCAUAAACGAGAAUGUUUUGCAGGACUUCAAAGAUGUGGGAAGAGUUGCAGACUUAGGUGGACUAAUUACCUGAGGCCAGAUCUCAAGCACGACAGCUUCACACCCCAUGAAGAGGAAAUGAUUAUUAGGCUUCAUGCAGCAAUAGGUAGCAGGUGGUCUAUAAUAGCCCAACAACUUCCAGGAAGAACAGACAAUGAUGUGAAAAACUACUGGAACGCUAGGCUAAGAAAGAAGCUGUCUGAAAUGGGGAUAGAUCCUGUCACUCAUAAGCCGUUCUCUAAAAUUUUAGCUGACUACGGAAAUAUCGGUGGCCUCGUAAAAUAUGGAAGCAGAAUUGGGUCACUCAGCAGAGGCCUAAAGAAUGUUUUCACUUUGAAACCAGAGCAAUAUCCAUUCACUCCUGAAGGAAUGUCGAACAUCAACAGCCAUUUGAUGACCACAACGGUACCACCUAAGAUGGAAUCAAACCAAGAAUGUUUCUUGAACAUUAUGUAUAACAAUGACGCGAAUAACAAUCACUCACUAGAUCUUCUUGAUCAGCUUCAAGCCAUAAGACUGGUGACGGAGGCCUCAAGUACUUGCACUGCAUAUCAAACUAUUCCAGCACCAUGUAUCCUUGAUGAAAGCUCAACAAGCUUUAGCUGGUGCGAUUUUCUUCUAGAAGAUGAAUAUCUCCCUGGUGAUCAUCCACAAGCAGAACAGGAAAACGCAGCAGAAUUCUCAUCCAAGGACUUGACGAACCAAACACAGAAUCCGAAUGUAAUGAUACCACAAAGUUUUCAAUCCAAUACCGAGGUUAAUGCUGGAGUUAACGGAAUGGAUUUGGCACUCCAAAGCAACACUGGUUCUGAUGAUCAAGUUGCAUCGUCAUCGUCACAACACAGUUCAUUUGUUGAAACUAUCAUGGAUGGAGAAAGCAAGAUAUUCUUGGAUUUUCCUAACUUGCUGGAGGAAAUAUUCUACUACUGAUCAAUUACUCAGUUCUUAAAACUUCAACCCCCCCAUAUAUGAACAUGGAUACUUUCUAGUUUCUUCUCAUGUUAAUUUAAGUUUUGAACAAGCUUUUGCGUCUGAAUUUUCUGUAACCAUUAAUUAAACAAAGAGGGAAUGGAUGGAUGUUUCUUAUCACGAGUGUCUGAGAAGGGUCCAUGCUUACUCUUGGAAUUCCUUGGACGACAAUUCGUCUGCCAUUCACGUGAGGAUGAAAUACAUGUUUCAUCCCUCAAG